AUGUCAUUAGCGGCUGGAGGUGGGAAGCGCUGCCCUCCCCCCUGCACCACCCUCCCCAAGCUGCUGCCUCUGCCAAGUCCCGGAGUUUGCUGCGGGAGUCACGCUGCCCCCGGGCGGCCGCCGCUCCCCGCCGCCGGCCCCGGGGCGGCGGGCCCCCGUCGGGUCCAGCUGGAGUCCGUGGGGUGGGGAGGAAGCGCUCCGCUCCCCGCUGGAACACCCCGGUGUGCGGGGAAGCGCUCCGGGGCCGCGCCGGGACCCGCGAGGCGAUGCCGCGGUGGGAGCCCGCGGUGGGACGCGAUCCCGGGGGCUCCCCCGGUGGGACACGAGUGCGGUGCCGCGGAGCCCCGCUCGCAGCCCGGCGCGGGCAGGCCGUGCUGCCUUCCCCAGCGGGGCGCCGGCCGGGCCGGGCCGGGCGAGGUGCGCUCCAAGCGAAUGCGCUCCGCGGAGCAGCGGCGGCACUGCGCGCCCGUCCGCCGGCUCGGACUGUUGCAGUUUAGAAGUGUCUAUGAGCCAGAUAGAAACGUGCUGCGAAGGAAGGAAUGGGAAAGGAGAAAUCAGGAGGCCCAGCAGGACAAUGGCGCGUUUAACAUGAGCUAUUCCCUCUUCAGUGAACCGUACAAGACUAACAAGGGGGAUGAGCUUUCCAAUCGCAUCCAGAAUACUUUGGGCAACUAUGAUGAAAUGAAAGACUUGUUAACUGACCGGUCAAACCAGAGCCAUCUCGUUGGGGUUCCAAAACCUGGGGUUCCUCAGACAUCUCUUUCAAAGUCUGAUGAACAUCUUAUUGCAGACUCGAGACCACCACCACCUCCUCCUCCUAUUUCCAGCACUACUUCUUCCACACCAGCCUCCCUACCUGCCCAGCAGAACAAAAGUACCACGAUGGGCUGGCAGAAGUCUGGGCAUAAUGCCACUUCAGAUGGCCAGCAGAGAGCAAGCAAACAUGGACACCGGUCGCUGGAGUCACACAAGGGUGACUUCAAACUGGCGAGCCAAAAAUCCAAUUUGGAGAAACUAAAACACUAUGCAUCGAGUCCCACCUCCUCCUCUUCCUCCUCCUCCACCUCCUCUUCCUCCUCCACCUCCUCUUCCUCCUCCUCCUCCUCCAAUACUGCUCAGCAAAGCUCGCUGAGGGCCACAUUAGGAGACAACACCAAUAGAGUCCAGCAGCCAGCGAAGCUCAGCUGUAGCUCAGAAGGAGGAACCAAAGUCCAAGAGAGGCCAGCAAAGCAUGGUGGGGGGCACUGUGUCCAAAACUUCCCACCAUCUCUUGCUUCAAAGCCCAGUCUGGGUCAGCAGAAGCCAACAGCUUAUGUAAGGCCAAUGGACGGUCAAGACCAGGCUCCUGAUGAGUCUCCAAAGCUGAAGUUACCAGCAGAGACGACCAAGUCAUAUCGGGGAGUGCCUUCCAGCAAGCCUGAUUCGGCCAGGACCAAGUCAAAGAUCACCAAGUUCAGCAUUCCUAAGCAAGAAGACGACAGUGGAACAGGAGAUAACAGCUGCAUUGAAGAAAUAUUGCGGGAGAUGACCCAUUCAUGGCCUCCGCCACUGUCAGCUAUUCACACACCAGGAAAGGCAGAACAAAGCAAGUUUCCCUUCCCAAACAAGGACUCACAACAGGGAUCUACAGGACACAGCAAUACAAGGAAAAGUGAUGUAGAGCCAAAGACCCCAGAGAAAAGCGCAACCCAUACAUCAAUGCUAGAAGAUGACCUCAAGUUAAGCAGUGAUGAAGAGGAGAAUGACCAGCAGGCAGCACAGAGAUCUGCUCUCCGCGUUCUAUCUGACAGCCUGGUGGUGCCGCAGUCCAAUGCCCGAGCCCCAGGACUCUCCAGCAAGGGGUCGAGCAGCAGCAGCUCCAGUGAAUCCGAGACCAGCUCAGAGUCUGACUCAGAGAGCGAAAGCAGCUCCAGCGAGAGUGACGGCAGCAAGCCCUCGCAUUACUCCAGCCCAGAGCCUGAGCCGCCCUCGUCCAACAAGUGGCAGCUGGACAAGUGGCUGAACAAAGUUACCCCUCACAAAGCACCCAUCCUAACCCACCACGAUGGCCCGGCGCUGGAAGCCCAUCCCUACUACGGUCGCGUGAAGGUAGAGCGGCAGGAAGGACAGAAGACCCCGGCUGAGGGCCCGGCCGAGCAUCGCAGCGAGGAGAGCCGCACCGCCGCCGCCGCCGCCGCCGCCGGGGACGGGCCGCGGCCCAGGACCGCCAACAAAGCGCCAGGCAGCAAGGGCAGCCGGCAGAAGUCACCCCUCGCUGCCGACGGCGGGCCGCCGAGGCGGGCAGCAGGGAAGAAGGCACCGCGGCGAGCCGAGAGGAACUCCGCCGGAGACGGGCCCCCCUGCCCCAGCGCAGAGGAGCUCCCCCGGAGCCACGGCUUCCCUGAAAGCGCUGCUGGCGAGGCGCCCAGGGCCCGGCCCGCCGGAGGCGGCUGCAGAGCGGGGCACCGCCGGGAGCCCCGCUCAGCUGCAGCUGGUGAGAAGCGUCGAGCCCGAGGGCCGAGCAAAACGGCGCCCAAAUCCAAGGAGUUCAUCGAGACCGAGUCUUCGUCCUCAUCAUCCUCCUCCGAUUCAGGCUCUGAGUCGGAGCGGGAGGAGCGCCCGCUGCCCAAGGCGCCAGCGGCAGCCGGGCCUGAGCCGCGGGGUGCCAAGGACGCGGGGACCGGCACCGCCAGCAAACCCCACGGCGGCUGCAGUGCCUUUGGCUCUAUUAAUGCCAGGACUAGUAGUGAAAUAGCAAAGGAGCUGGAGGAACAGUUUUACACCCUGGUUCCUUUCGGUAGGAAUGAGCUCCUGUCUCCUCUGAAAGACAGUGAUGAGGUAAAGUCGCUGUGGGUCAACAUUGACUUGGCUCUUUUGUCCAGGAUUCCAGAGCGUUUGCCCGAAGAACCGCUGGCCAUGAGCGCCGGAGCAAACCAGGCGGCCAGCUUCCCGCAGGGUAGUAGUGCUGAACCCCCCUCAGAGAAGGGUUUACCGAAAUCUAGAAGGAAACGCAAGUGUGAGAAUGAGGAAGAGUGCAGAGACAUCAAGAAGACUCACUUAGAGCGGGAGAGUUCUUCACGAUUAGCUGCCUCUGCCCAAAGCAUCACAACAGCAAAUCAUUGCAAUAUGAAUGAAAACAGCUUGGCAAUACCAAUAAAUAAAAAUGAGAAAAUGCUUCGGUCACCCGUCUCUCCCCUCUCUGAUGCAUCAAAACACAAAUAUUCCAACGAUGAUUUAACUUCCUCCAGCAGACCUAAUGGCAGCAGUCUAUUACCUUCAAUCUCCUCCAGCAAAAAACAUAAGGGUGAAAUCCAGUCGCAGCCACAUCCUGGGGACCUCAAUAAAGCAAUUCACAUCAAUUCAGAAAAUGUUCUUCUCUGCAAUAAACCACAGUUCCAAACAGAGCCUUGGCCACCUCUAUCCACGACACCCAGGGACUGCAGAAGAACAAAGCUUAUCUUUGAUGAUAUACCACGCAAUGCAGAUUACUUUAUGCAGGAAGCUAAACGGAAGAAGCAUAAAGCAGAUGCAAUGGUGGAGAAGUUUGGAAAGGCACUGAAUUAUGCAGAAGCAGCACUAUCAUUUAUUGAGUGUGGAAAUGCAAUGGAACAAGGCCCAAUGGAAUCGAAAUCCCCUUAUACCAUGUAUUCAGAAACAGUUGAACUCAUCAGGUAUGCAGUGAGACUAAAAACCCACUCAGGCCCCAACGCCACGCCAGAAGACAAACAGCUGGCAGCAUUAUGUUACCGCUGCCUGGCCCUUCUGUACUGGAGGAUGUUCCGACUCAAGAGAGACCACGCGGUCAAGUAUUCAAAAGCGCUUAUUGAGUAUUUCAAGAAUUCAUCAAAAGCUGCCCAGAACCCAUCUCCUUGGGGUGCCAGUGGAAAGAGCACAGGAACUCCAUCUCCUAUGUCCCCUAGCCCUUCUCCAGUCAGUUCUGUAGGAUCCCAGGGGAGCACAGGGGCCCCUUCCCCAUCUCCUAUCAUCAGCAUCCCACAGCGCAUUCAUCAGAUGGCCGCCAACCACGUCAGCAUCACCAACAGCAUUCUGCACAGCUAUGACUACUGGGAGAUGGCUGACAACCUGGCCAAGGAAAACAGAGAUUUUUUUAACGACUUGGAUGCAUUGAUGGGACCUAUCACCUUGCACAGCAGUAUGGAGCAUUUAGUUCAGUACACUCAACAAGGACUUCACUGGGUGCGGAAUAGCACUCACUUGUCAUAA